AUGAAAAAGAAGUCCUAUCUGAUUAAACCAUCAUGGGAAAGGGAGAGUUCUGGAAGAAGGUCUGGGACAUACCUCAGGAACCACACCAAGAUCAUCGGCAAUCCUGGCUUGGUGAUCAAAGUGCUGAGCCGGAAGAGGACUGUCGUAUUUUUUGUUUACUUCAUCCUCGUGGCACUUAUCAUGCUGAACCUGGCUAACUACACAUGGCCCAGAGAGCCACAGCAGUGCACGCUUCAGAGGGGCGACAGCCUAAACAUCCAUUCACGAUCGAACGCACGGUACACCGUCAAGCCUCCACAGGCGAAGAAUAAACAAUUAGUGUACAUCUUGACCACCUGGCGGUCUGGCUCAUCUUUCUUCGGUGAGCUGUUCAACCAGAACCCGGGAGUUUUCUUUUUGUACGAGCCCAUGUGGCACAUCUGGCGAAAGCUUUACCCAGGAGAUGCGCUUUCACUCCAAGGAGCGGAACGGGACAUGCUCCGCGCCCUCUAUAAAUGUGACUUUUCGGUUUUUCAGUUGUACAACGAUCAAGGAGAGAACAACAUGACCACACUGCAGGUCUUCAGCGCUGCUUUUAAUAAAGUCAUCUGCUCCUACCCCCUGUGCUCAUCGUAUAGAAAGGACAUGGUGGGAUUGGUGGACGACAAAGUGUGUAAACGGUGCCCCCCUCGAAGCCUCGAAGCUCUGGAGAAGGAGUGUCUUAAGUAUGACACUAUUGUAAUUAAAGGAGUGCGAAUUUUAGACAUCAACGCCUUGGCUCCGUUAAUAGAGGACCCCUCAACCAAUCUCAAAGUCAUUCACUUGGUGCGGGACCCACGCGCUGUGGCCAGCUCCAGGAUCAGAAGCAAACACGGAUUGAUCCGAGAGAACCUGCAAGUAGUGCGAAGCAGGAAUUCCAAAACCCGGCACUUGGUGAUGGAGCCAGUGCACCAUCAGGGUGGCAGAAAGGACGCUCAAGACUUCCACUCCAUCACAGCAAUGGAGGUGAUUUGUCAAUAUAAUUUCCAGACUCUCAAAAUGGCACUCAGCCCUCCUAGUUGGUUCAAAGGAAAGUACAAGUUGGUACGCUAUGAGGACUUGGUGGAAAACCCCAUUCAGACCUUAGAGAAUGUUUACCGCUUCGUCAAUCUGUCCGCCAGUCAUGACAUCAAAGCUUUUGUCACCAAUAUGACUAGUGGCAAUAGCUCUUGGGUCAGGCCGUUCCAGGUCUCAUCCAGGAACGCCACUGUGGCUGUGAGUGCAUGGAGAAACUUGCUGACCUUCCCACAGAUCCGGCAGGUGGAGGAAUAUUGCCGCAAAGCCAUGUCGAUCCUUGGAUACAUCCACGUUCGCAAUAUGUGGGAGGUGAGAGAUUUGAGCAGGAGUCUAAUCACUUUUUCCAAGUUGUAAAACAUCAUUAAAAACAUUCAUGAUAUUAAGCUUUACGAUCUUGAUGACUGUCCAUUGUGUUAUAAUGGAAUUGCAUCUUGUUAUUGUUGGUUCUUUUUGUUGUCUCACUGUAUUAGUUUAGUUUGUGGGGACCAGACU